AUGCAUGCUCCUUUGAUAUUGACUUCGCUGCUCAACUUGCUCGUCUUGACGCCCUUGGCGAUGUCGGCAAAUUCGGCACCUGCCCUAUUUGACAGCUCGCCAAAAGGUCAAGGCGAAUGGAAGCGCUUUUGCUCUCCCUCGUCUGCUACAUCAGCGACCGAGUUGCCUCCAUUCGCAUGCUUCACCAUCUACGACGACAUCACGACCUCUGCCCACUCAGGGACGAAUCAAAAGCUCGGCUACGCAUCUGCUUCGGGACAAGACUGUGUCGUGGUGUCUCCAAAGAGGGGCGAGGAUAGCAAGGUCGAGUUUUCCGCCAGCGGCUUCUGGUUUCAGAUCUUGUUCUCAGAUAGUACUAGAUGUGCCAAGGUGGCGGUGUGGGCUCCGGUGAGGGCAGCGACUAGGAGUAAGAAGGAGGGAGAAGAGACAGCGCUAGAGCCUUUCAUGCGGGGUGUCAAUUGCCGGACUGGGCAGGGAGAGGAGCCUCAGAUCUUUCGAAUCACCAUUUGA